GAGAACGUGAACCCGAACCGCUGCUGCCUGAGGAAGAUCAGGUGGGAGAAGUAGAGGGGAAGAGACGGGUGGAGGGUGUGGUGAGGAGGGCAUCUAGGUCGCUGCUCCCGGGCAGCACAAAGUUCUCCACGAUGUGGCUGACGCCUGAGGAAGUGCUUCUGAAAAAUGCGCUGAAGCUGUGGCUGAUGGAAAGGUCCAACGACUACUUCGUCCUGCAACGGCGACGCGGCUACGGGGAGGAAGGCGGAGGGGGACUCACAGGGCUUCUGGUUGGGACUCUCGAUUCAGUCUUAGACUCGACUGCUAAAGUAGCUCCAUUUCGUAUCCUCCACCAGACACCAGAUUCUCAAGUUUACUGGUCAAUUGCAUGUGGAGCCAACAGAGAAGAAAUAACCAAGCAUUGGGAUUGGUUGGAACAAAAUAUCAUGAAGACUUUAACUGUGUUUGAUUCAAAUGAAGAUAUUACUAAUUUUGUUCAAGGAAAGAUAAGAGGAUUAAUUGCUGAAGAGGGAAAACACUCUUUUGCAAAAGAAGAUGAUCCUGAGAAGUUUCGAGAAGCCCUUUUAAAAUUUGAAAAAUGUUUUGGUUUACCGGAGCAGGAGAAGUUAGUGACCUAUUACUCGUGCAGUUAUUGGAAAGGAAGGGUUCCUUGUCAGGGUUGGCUGUAUCUUAGCACCAACUUUCUGAGCUUCUAUUCUUUUUUACUGGGAUCAGAAAUCAAACUCAUUAUCUCCUGGGAUGAAGUCUCAAAACUUGAAAAGACUUCAAAUGUCAUACUUACGGAGAGUAUUCAUUUGUGUUCUCAAGGAGAAAAUCACUACUUUUCAAUGUUUUUGCACAUUAACCAAACAUACCUUCUUAUGGAACAGCUGGCAAACUAUGCUAUAAGGAGACUUUUUGAUAAGGAAACAUUUGAUAAUGACCCAUUCCUUGAUGAUCCUCUACAAAUCACCAAAAGAGGUCUGGAAAAUCGAGCACACAGUGAGCAAUUUAAUGCUUUUUUUAGGCUGCCCAAAGAAGAGACUUUGAAAGAAGUACAUGAAUGUCUCUUAUGGAUACCAUUCAGCCACUUUAAUACUCAUGGAAAAAUGUGCAUUUCAGAAAACUAUAUCUGCUUUGCUAGCCAAGAUGGCAGUCUAUGUAGUGUAAUCAUUCCAUUACGAGAGGUCUUAGGUAUAGAAAAGACAAAUGAUUCCAGCAAGUCAGUCAUCAUUAGCAUCAAAGGAAAAACAGCUUUUCGCUUCAGUGAAGUUAAAGACUUUGAGCAACUGGUGGGAAAAUUCAAGUUCAAGUGCGGAGCAGCUUCAACUCAACAUUAUGAUAUUAGCACAGAGGUUGCUAUUGGUUUUGAUUCUACAGGCCCAUCAGAUAAUUUGGAGGCACGAUCUGUGACAUGUCAGAAAGAAUGCAGUAAAACUGUGAACACUGAAGCCUUAAUGAGGGUAUUUCACCCUCAGAAUUUGGAGACUCUUAAUUCUAAAAUGUUGAAAGAAAAGAUGAAGGAACAGUCAUGGAACAUACUGUUUGCAGAAUGUGGACGUGGUGUUAGCAUGUUUCGAACCAAAAGGACUCAAGACCUGGUUGUAAGAGGGAUUCCAGAGACCUUAAGAGGAGAGCUUUGGAUGCUUUUUUCAGGUGCUGUUAAUGACAUGGCUACUAAUCCUGGCUAUUAUGCAGAAGUGGUUGAGCAGUCCUUAGGGACUUGCAACUUGGCUACUGAAGAAAUUGAACGUGAUUUGCGUCGCUCUCUUCCUGAACACCCAGCCUUUCAGAGUGACACUGGCAUAUCUGCACUGAGGCGAGUACUCACUGCAUAUGCAUUCAGGAAUCCCAAAAUUGGAUACUGCCAGGCAAUGAACAUUUUGACUUCAGUGUUGCUUCUGUAUGCAAAAGAGGAAGAAGCUUUUUGGCUUCUGGUUGCUGUAUGUGAACGAAUGUUGCCUGAUUAUUUUAAUCGUCGAAUCAUUGGUGCCUUGGUGGAUCAGGCAGUCUUUGAAGAACUUAUUAGAGAUCACCUUCCUCAGCUCACAGAACACAUGACUGAUAUGACAUUCUUUUCCUCAGUUUCUCUCUCAUGGUUCCUCACACUUUUUAUUAGUGUGCUGCCUAUUGAAAGUGCGGUUAAUGUGGUGGACUGUUUCUUCUAUGAUGGAAUAAAGGCUAUUUUACAACUAGGAUUGGCAAUACUUGACUAUAAUUUAGACAAAUUGCUGGCAUGUAAAGAUGAUGCUGAAGCCAUGACGGCUUUAAACAGGUUCUUUGACAAUGUCACUAAUAAGGAUAGCCCAUUGCCUUCAAGUGUUCAACAGGGUUCAAAUGUGCAUGAUGAAAAAAGCAGUCAUAUUAGCGUGGAUAUUACAGAUUUGAUUAGAGAGUCAAAUGAGAAAUAUGGUAAUAUUCGCUAUGAAGAUAUACACAGCAUGCGUUGUGGAAAUAGGUUGUAUGUGAUACAGACCCUAGAGGGAACGACAAAGCAGAAUGUGUUACGUGUCGUAUCACAAGAUGUGAAGUUGAGGCUUCAUGAAUUGGAUGAACUUUACGUCAUCUUUAAGAAAGAGCUGUUUUUUUCUUAUUAUUGGUGUUCAAAUUAUCCGGUAUUGAAGCACCAUGACCCCAGUCUACCAUAUUUGGAACAGUAUCAGAUUGACUGCCAACAGUUCAGAGUGUUGUAUCACUUGUUGAGUCCCUGGGCUCAUUCUGCAAAUAGAGACUCUCUAGCUUUAUGGACAUUCAGAUUGUUGGAUGAAAACUCUGACUGCCUUAUAAACUUCAAAGAAUUCUCCUCUGCAAUUGACAUAAUGUACAAUGGGAGUUUUACUGAGAAGCUUAAGCUGCUUUUUAAGCUGCAUAUUCCUCCAGGUUAUCUGUUUUCAGCUUAUAUCGAUGUGAAAUCUCAGGACCCUUCAAAAGGAGAUGAACUUUCAAAGGAAGAAUUACUCCAUUUCAGUCAGCUCCAUGUUUCCAUGCCUGCAAAUGAGAAGGAAGCAAAAUCAGUAAGAAACAUUCCUGAAAAAGGCAAAGGAAAAGUUGAUAUUCAAGCAUAUCUAAGUCAAUGGCAGGAUGAGCUUUUCAAAAAAGAAGAAAACAUUAAGGAUUUACCAAGAAUGAAUCAGUCACAAUUUAGUCAGUUUUCAAAAACCCUAUAUAACUUAUUUCAUGGAGACCCUGAAGAAGAGUCAUUAUAUCAAGCCAUUGCUGUUGUAACCAGCCUUUUGCUCAGGAUGGAAGAAGUUGGAAGGAAACUACAUAGCCCUGUAUCAUCAGCCAAAGGAUGCUCUAGUACUGUCUGUGCUUCUGGAGGACCCAGUACAGUGAAAACAGAGAGCCACUUGGAGGAAAAAGAUCCCUCCUCUCUCAAAAAGGAACCUCAGUGGUCAUUUGCAUUUGAACAGAUUCUUGCAUCUUUGUUGAAUGAACCAGCAUUGGUGAGGUUUUUUGAGAAACCCAUAGAUGUAAAAGCCAAGGUGGAAAACGCAAAAACCUCUCAGUUGAGGUCUAGAACCAGGAUGUAAAUCUCUUAACAGGAAUUGCCUGUCAUACACAAGUUUACCUUUACUUUGUUACCGGUGUGUUUGAAGGAGAGAGAGAGAGAGAGAGAGAGAGAGAGAGAGAGAGAGAGAGAGAGAGAGAGAGAGAGAGAGAGAGAGAGAGAAAGGGAGAGAGAAAGGGAGAGAGAGAGAUUGAUUCUGAAGCACAAUGAUUUUUUUCCUUUGUAGUGAUGUCCAAUUUUGAUAUUCUCAAAAUAUGAAUGCACUUUUUGUAUUUUACAAGAUACGCAUUAUCAAGGGAGAAUGCUAAAUGUUACCACCAGAGGGCACUACCAUAUCACUUUUAAUAAGAAAAUUACUAGCUUGUGCUGCUAUUUACAUAUAAAUUCCUGAUGAUUUUGAAAAGAUGUUGUGUUAGAGUAUUAGUGAUGCUGAUACAUCAUAUCAAUAAACCCUGCCUUCCAAAUUGCCUCAGUCCUAUGAGAAUGCUUUAGAGAACUGGGCUCUUAGCUCAAUAGCCUUAAAUAUCUGGAAGGUUACCACGUGGAGGUCUAACUGAAAAAUUAACUUUUUAAAGUUAAUCUCAUUCAGUCUUCUAAUAAUAGAUUUUAUUAGUUAAUUUCUGUAAUCUCCCUGCCUGAGGGGUUCAGAAGCUUCUAACUUCUACUUAUAUCUCUGUAACUGAUGAAAAAAAAAUCAAGAACUAUAAACUUUGGGCUGAUAUACGGAAAAACAAUAUUGGAUUUGGAUUUAAGCUGCAUAAAGCCAGCCUUAUCAGAAGAGUUAAGAAACAGUUCAGUCAAGUGUAUGGAGUCUCUCAGGCUGAGAAAUUACUUGGGAUUCUUCUGAACACUGCUCUUUGUGACAUUUGUUUCUAGCUUUCAAGUUUGGGUUUUCACCUCUCUUGUUUUAAGUUACGUUAGAUAGUAAAGAAUAGUUAUACUGAGACUGAAUUAAUCAGUCUGGCAAGUUUAUGAAGUAUACUUGUAUGUGAUGAUUGUCAAGGUAAUGUAUAGAAUUGCCAGCAUCUAUUUUAAAAGUUUUGACUGUCUCAUUUAGAUGCGUAACUGCUAUUUACUUUAUGCUGCUUAUAUUUCAGUCAUUACAAUGGAAGUCCAUUUAGAGGUAAUGGACUUUGUUAGCACUUUAAAAAAAACAAUAAGCAAACUAUACCUGUCCUAUCUUUUCUGCUAUCUCUGGCAAGAACAACUUGACAUAGGAAAUUGGGGGGAAGCUCUUCAUUUGAGCUAUCUUUCUUCAAAAGACUUUGGUUUUAAGUUCUGAGACUUUCCUAGAUGUGAAACAAUGAAAAGGCAAACGUUCUUCAGAGUGACCCAAGAAGUCUCCCUCCCAAGAGUCCACUGUGAACAAGGCCUCACUCAGAGGGCUUAAUAACCAUAGAAUAUAUUCUUUUCAGAAAGUUUCAAGAAUCUUUGAGUUGACCUUUUGAAAAUUUCGUAAAUCAGCCUUUGCCAAACACUUUACUAGUGUCUUUAAAAUGAUUUGGUCUACCUUGUAUUUUCCAGGAAAUUACCACUAAUAGAGAUAGUUGGUGUAUAAACAUCUACGCCUUUUCUCAGAAAUAAUUUGCUGAAAUGAAACAUGUCUAAAUUUUAGAGCUUAGUUAAUAUUUCAUAUGAAAACUGUCACACUGAAAUCUUGAUCUGCAAUAAUUGGCAAAUGCAGUGAUUGAUAAAUUAUGCUACGAUAGCUCCUGGAAGACCCAAGGCUCUAUGUUUAUAUAUGAAGGCACUAUUGUACAUACUUCGUUGAGUAUUUUAUCAAUUAUAUUUCCAAAAAGAAGAUAAUUUCUUAAGAGCAUAUGUUAAUAUUUGAUAUGAUUAUAAAGUCAGAAUACUGAAAAUUAGUAAAUAUUGUAUUUAAGCCUAGAUUUAAAUUUAUAACUUAAAGUUUAUUAGUUACAAAAAGAUUAUAAAUGCAAGAUUAAAAGACAAAUUUAUUUUCUGAAUCUGCAGGAGAAACAGGCUGAACAUAUAGUUUUAUAGCUGCUGCAUUGAUAAGCAAAAUGGGUUGUUCUUAAUAUUAAAAAUCUUAUGUAGUUGUGUCCAACUGAACCUCUGCAUUACGUGUUACACGUUAAAUUAAAUACAUGAUAUGGUGGCUUUACUUAUCUUUAUACAAAUAAAUAUAUAAAUUUGUUAAAUUAAAUGUGAAACAUUGUUUAAUUAAAG